CACCAGGAGCGCCUGGCAGCCGGCGCCGCGAUGGAGGAGGAGCUGAAGUGCCCCGUGUGUGGCUCGCUGUUUCGGGAGCCCAUCAUUCUGCCCUGUUCCCACAACGUCUGUCUGCCUUGCGCUCGCACCAUCGCAGUACAGACCCCUGACGGCGAGCAGCACCUGACCCAGCCGCUCCUGCUUUCCCGGGGCUCGGGGCUGCCAGCGGGCGCCGCCGCUGCUCCUCCGCAGGACCACGAGGCUGCGCCCGGACCCGCCAGCAGUGGCGCAGGCGGGAGCGCAGCUGGAGGCCUGGGUGGCGGCGCCGGAGGCUGCGGUGACCACGCGGACAAGCUGAGCUUGUACAGCGAGACAGACAGUGGCUAUGGGUCCUACACCCCAAGCCUCAAGUCACCCAAUGGGGUUCGCGUGCUGCCCAUGGUGCCCGCACCACCUGGCUCCUCGGCCGCCGCGGCCCGGGGUGCCGCAUGCUCCACGCUGUCCUCGUCUUCCUCGAGCUCUAUCACAUGCCCGCAGUGCCACCGCAGCGCCUCCCUGGACCACCGGGGCCUGCGCGGCUUCCAGCGAAAUCGGCUGCUGGAGGCCAUAGUGCAGCGAUACCAGCAGGGCCGCGGGGCAGCGGCGGGGGCGUCCGCAGCCCCGGCAGUGGCCAUCUGCCAGUUGUGCGACCGCACCCCUCCAGAGCCGGCAGCCACGCUGUGCGAGCAGUGCGACGUGCUCUACUGCGCUGCCUGUCAGCUCAAGUGCCAUCCAUCCAGGGGACCAUUCGCUAAACACCGCCUGGUGCAGCCGCCGCCGCUGCCGCCUGCGUCCGCCGAGGCAGCCUCGGUUCCCGCCGGCGUCGCCCAGGGCGCCCCCAGCGGAGGCGCCAGCUGCAAGAGCCCGGGAGGUGCCGGGGCAGGAGCCGCAGGGAGCAGCGCGGCCCGCAAGUUCCCCACGUGCCCGGAACACGAAAUGGAGAACUACAGCAUGUACUGCGUGAGCUGCCGAACCCCGGUGUGUUAUCUGUGCCUGGAAGAGGGCCGGCAUGGAAAGCACGAGGUGAAGCCGCUGGGGGCCAUGUGGAAACAGCACAAGGCACAGCUAUCUCAGGCCUUAAAUGGAGUUUCAGAUAAGGCAAAGGAAGCGAAGGAAUUUCUGGUCCAGCUCAAGAACAUACUGCAGCAGAUCCAGGAAAAUGGACUGGACUACGAAGCCUGCCUGGUCGCUCAGUGUGAUGCCCUGGUGGAUGCUUUAACCCGGCAGAAAGCCAAGCUGCUCACCAAGGUCACAAAGGAGAGGGAACAUAAACUGAAGAUGGUCUGGGACCAGAUCAACCACUGCACGCUGAAGCUGCGCCAGUCCACUGGGCUGAUGGAGUACUGCCUAGAGGUGAUCAAGGAGAACGACCCCGCUGGCUUCCUGCAGAUCUCAGAUGCUUUGAUCAAGCGUGUCCAGGUGUCCCAGGAACAGUGGGUCAAAGGCGCCCUGGAGCCAAAAGUGUCUGCAGAGUUUGACCUGACCUUGGACAGUGAGCCGCUGCUGCAGGCCAUCCACCAGCUGGACUUCCUCCAGAUGAAAUGUAGGGUGCCACCUGUGCCCCUGCUGCAGCUGGAGAAGUGCUGUACCCGCAAUAACAGUGUCACGCUGGCCUGGAGGAUGCCACCCUUCACCCACAGCCCCGUGGACGGCUAUAUCCUAGAGCUGGAUGAUGGCGCCGGGGGGCAGUUCCGGGAAGUGUAUGUGGGCAAGGAGACACUGUGCACCAUUGAUGGGCUCCACUUUAAUAGCACCUACAACGCCCGGGUCAAGGCUUUCAACUCCUCUGGUGUCGGGCCCUACAGUAAAACUGUCGUCCUGCAGACGUCCGAUGUGGCCUGGUUUACAUUUGACCCCAACUCUGGACACCGGGACAUCAUAUUAUCCAAUGACAACCAAACAGCCACCUGCAGCAGCUAUGAUGACCGGGUAGUGCUGGGCACGGCUGCGUUCUCCAAGGGUGUCCACUACUGGGAGCUGCAUGUAGACCGCUACGACAACCACCCAGAUCCCGCCUUUGGGGUGGCCAGGGCCAGUGUGGUCAAAGACAUGAUGCUGGGCAAGGACGACAAGGCCUGGGCCAUGUACGUGGACAACAACCGAAGCUGGUUCAUGCACUGCAACUCCCACACCAACAGGACAGAAGGAGGUGUGUGCAAGGGGGCCACGGUUGGUGUGCUGCUGGACCUGAACAAGCACACCCUGACCUUCUACAUCAAUGGGCAGCAGCAGGGCCCCACAGCCUUCAGCCACGUGGAUGGGGUCUUCAUGCCAGCCCUCAGCCUCAAUCGCAAUGUGCAGGUCACCCUGCACACAGGAUUGGAAGUGCCAACAAGCUUGGGGAGGCCGAAGCUCUCAGGCAACUAA